AUGAUUUAUGCAACAUCUUUACGUGAUCUUGAGUUAGACCCGCAUGGAAAUCAUGACCGACUAAUUUGUUCCAUUGCAGCAGCAGGCAUUCAAUUAGAGAAGAUCAUAUUGUACAAUGAUUCUGGUUUGAGCUUACAUGGACUCUCUACUUUCUUUUGUGCAUGCCCAUCUUUGACACACGUGAUGUUUUGUUCCAUAGAUAUCCUCACCGACAAUUCCAUGAGGGAUUUAUGUCGAUAUCUUCCUAAUCUUGUGUCCAUAAAGUUUUACCAGUGUUCAAACUUAACCACUGCAAUCUUCUUCAUCCUUGCAAAAGAAUGUCCUGUGCUUUCAGAGAUUGAAAUGCCACAUAUAAAUCUACAAGUUGAAGAUAAUUUUGAUAUGGAUUUGGAGAGGAAUUAUCAAAUUAGAUCCUUGGAUUUGAGUUGUGCUCGUGUGAAUAAUGAAUUCCUGAAAAAAAUAGGGGUUGUUUGCCCCAACUUACAGACUCUCAAUGUUACAGGACUUUACACAUUGACAGAAGGCAUUGAGGAAAUUUUGAAGUGCUGCUCGCAGAUUAAGCAUUUGACAGUGGACAGAACUAGAGAAAUAGUCAUCUUAAUGGAACAGUUCAAAACUCGCAGCAUUAAAAUUGAACAUCUUUGGAAACUAGAGGAGGUCAAUGACUGA